UAUUAUGUUUUGUGCUUGCCAAUCCGUCAUACGUCAACGACCAACGACAAUUGUGAACGUCAACUAACUUGGGAUAUUUACAUCUACAUUCCAUGAUGGCAAUAUUUGUGAAAUUUUCGUAAAGGUGAUAAACUAAUAUAUUUUUGAAAUGAUAAUGUCCUCGGCAAACAUGUCUCAAAAUAAUUCAUACUCAAACGAUCGUGGUUUUGAUGCAGAUUAUGUAGUAGAUCCAGCAUCUGGAGGCUUCUUUCAUGCAGACUUCAAAAGGCACGAUGAUCUCAAGGAAAUGCUGGACUCAAAUAAAGAUAACUUAAAGCUAGAAGCUAUGAAAAGAAUCAUAGGGAUGAUAGCUAAAGGAAGAGAUGCAUCUAUGCUAUUCCCAGCAGUUGUGAAAAAUGUCGUCUCAAAGAAUAUUGAAGUGAAAAAGUUAGUAUAUGUCUACCUGGAAAGAUAUGCUGAAGAACAGCAAGACUUGGCUCUCUUAUCUAUAUCAACUUUCCAACGAGCUCUGAAGGAACCAAACCAGUUAAUACGAGCAGGAGCUCUAAGAGUGUUAUCUAGCAUACGAGUUAAAGUAAUAGCACCAAUUGUGAUGUUAGCAAUAAGAGAUGCAUCAUCUGAUAUGUCACCUUAUGUUAGAAAAACUGCUGCUCAUGCUAUCCCUAAGUUAUAUAGUUUGGAACCUGAGUUAAAAUCCGAACUGAUAUCAAUAAUUCAAAAACUACUAGCAGACAAAACAGUGCUAGUGAUAGGUUCAGCAGUAAUGGCAUUCUCAGAAGUGUGUCCAAAAAGGGUAGAUUUGAUCCAUCAAGUUUACAGGAAGCUUUGUGCCUUGUUAGUGGAUGUUGAUGAAUGGGGCCAGGUUACAAUUGUCAAUAUGUUAACACACUAUGCCAGGACACAAUUUGCUGACCCAAAUUUACAUAAUACAGCUAAUGAAUCGGACAAAGAUUCUUAUGACUCAAACUCUGAGUUGUCGGAUAAACCUGUCCCAAGCUUGGACCCAGAUCAUCGUUUAUUAUUGCGUUCAACACGUCCGUUGCUGCAGUCGAGGAAUGCAGCUGUUGUGAUGGCAGUUGCACAAUUGUAUUAUCACUCAGCACCCGCCAGCGAAGCUCCACUGGCUGCCAAAGCAUUAGUUAGGUUACUGAGAUCUCAUGUUGAAGUUCAGAGCAUCGUUUUGAACACAAUAGCUUCAAUCAGCGCUAAGAACAAAGGGAUGUUUGAACCUUACCUGAAAACAUUUUUUGUGAGAACUUCCGAUCAUACAAACAUUAAAUUGUUGAAGUUGGAGAUACUGACGAAUCUAACCACGGAUGCCAAUGUUUCAAUCAUCCUUAUGGAAUUGCGAACAUAUGUUUUCAACAGUGAUAAGAAUUUUGUUGCUGCCACUAUUCAAGCCAUUGGAAGAUGUGCCUGUUCAAUUUCAGAAGUUACAGAUUCGUGCCUUAACGGGUUGGUCUCUCUCUUAUCUGAUGGAGAUGAAGCUGUAGUUGCGGAAAGUGUAGUGGUCAUAAAAAGACUGUUGCAGAUGCAAGCUGCCGAUCCCAAAGAAAUAAUCACACAUAUGGUGAGACUGCUCUGUAGCAUAACGGUAGCUCAGGCGAGAGCAGCCAUCUUGUGGCUGUUGGGAGAACACUCGCAGAAAGUUCCUAAUAUUGCGCCCGAUGUCCUCAGGAAAAUGGCUAAGACUUUUUCAGACGAGGUGACUUGUGUAACUUGGUAAAUUUUCAAACAUGCUAAAUAGACUUUUUGUUUCAGAAUGAUAUUGUUAAACUACAAAUAAUGAACUUAGCAAUUAAAUUAUACAUAACAAAUCCGGAGAAAACAGCUCUUUUAUGUCAAUAUAUUUUCAGUUUAGCUAGAUAUGAUCAAAACUAUGAUAUAAGAGAUAGAGCUAGAUUACUUAAACAUUUUGUACCUAAUCAAGAGGGAAGAAUUCGGUCACAAGCGGCUAGAAUAUUUUUGGCUAGCAAACCAGCACCUUUACUCCAAUCACAGUUCAGAGAUACCGAGGAGUUGCAGCUAGGUUCUCUUUCACAUUAUAUCAGGCAAAGGGCGAACGGCUAUAAACCUUUACCGCCAUUCCCUGAAAAUCCUCCUCCUGGUGAUAUUAGAAAUGUAGAACCUUUGUAUGGAGAAGAAAACUCAAAAUCCUACAAUGAGGCGAACAAAAAAGGUAAAGAAUUAUUCAGUUGGGAGUCUGAUGCCAGUUCAAAUGGAAAUAGUAACCCGAGCAGUUCUGGUAGUGAAUCUUCCUCUGGUAGCACCGAUUCUGAAGAGGAUUCGGCUGAAGAAGAGUCUGGUGAAGAAGAAUCUGAAAACCAAAAAUCAUCAUCGUCCGAAGAUUCAGUAUCUAUGAGUGAAGAAUCAAGUUUGGAAGAACAGCAUGUUCCAAAAACAAAUUCUAAACACGAUCACGUGAACAACGUAAAAGAGAAAAAAUCAAAUCUAGAUCUCCUCCUAGAUUUGGACUUGAGAAGCCCUGCUCCUGUGCUGACACCUUCUUUGGGUGGUUUUUUCACUCCAUCUGGUGGUGGUGACAAAUCAUAUGAUAUACAGGUUGUACAGCCGACGUUCACCCACACGAAACCCAUAGAACUGUUGAAUCGAAUCAGCGGCAGGGGAAUGUCAGUUACAUAUAGAUUUACUAGAAGUCCACAUUUGUACUCACCGAGCAUGACGAAUAUUAAUUUGUCCUUCACGAAUCAUACUGAAGAAGAGAUCACUGACAUAAGACUGGGGAAAAAGAAUUUGAUGACUGGUAUGAGUCUCCAUGACUUUGCAUAUAUAUUAACACUACCUCCAAACUGCUCCUUGCCGGCCACUCUUGGGGUUGAUUUUAAUGACAGUACUCAACCUGCCAACUUUGAGAUCGUGUCUUCUUUAGGUGUUUUCAACGUAUUCAUAAAGCCAACAGUAGGAGAGUUGGUUCGACCAAUAAAAAUGCCGAAAGCAUUAUUUCUGGAAAAGCAGUCAAGGCUGAAAGGUAUGCAUGAACAUUCUGUGGUGUUGCCUCAAUGUGUUGACAACAUCGUUCAAAGAGUUGCUGAGACGACAAAUCUGGGCCCUUGCGAUGAUUCCGAUCCUGAUGUUUAUAGGUUUGCUGGACAUACCAUGGCGUCUUCGAAUUUGACACUGGUGACAGUUUUCAAGAGUGAGAAGAUCACGCUGACUGUGAACUGUGAGAAUGUUAUUUUUGUUUCUGUUAUGCUCAAUGAACUGAUAAGUAAUUUGAGUUCAUAGAAUCAGUUUAUUCAUUUUGUUAGCAGAAAUAUCCGUUUCUUCUUGGUUUUUGGCUGUCUUCAUGUUGAAAAAUAUUCGCUUGUAUUUUUCCUAUUAUCAUUACAUAACGUGUCGUACUUUAUAUACAUAUAUUAAUAAAGCAAUUAAUUAUUGUUAUAA